AUGACUGAUGAAAUGAAUGAAACAUUUAUGAUUCGUGCAUCAACGCCGGAAAAAGCGAACGAUGACAACGAAAUGACGACGGAAAAAAUACAGACGAAAUUAACUCAAGUUCAGCUGAAAACGAUAUUAAGUGAUGGACUCAAUUCACACGUUACAACGCAACGACAUCAAAUAUCAUCCAUAGAACUAAAUAGUUUGCCAAAAGCUCGUGAGAGUAUUGUGUUUCCAAAUGUAAUUGAUCUGAAUGUUGGCGGUUGCCGUUACACAACCAGCCUGUCAACACUACGUAAAUAUGAAGAUUCAAUGUUAGCUGCUAUGUUCAGUGGACGAUACGAUCUGACCAAAGAUAAAGAUGGAAAUAUUUUUAUAGAUCGCGAUGGAACGUAUUUUGGACAUAUUUUAAAUUAUUUGCGUUGUGAUCAAAUGCCUCCAGAAUCUGUCGCCUUAAAUGUUCUUCGUGAAGGCGAAAUGUUCUGUAUUAACUCGUUAGUCGCUAAAUUAGAAGGUUCAAGUCCAUAUGUUAUCUCCUUACGUCGUCGAGAAUCAUUUCGUCGAUUGAUACCCGACUAUGAACAUAUGAAAGUCGAUAUUGUCAAUCGUUCCGGUGAAAAACGUUCUUCAUUUCACGAAUCACGAGUCGUCAUUACUCAAUUGGAUCAUCCGAAGUUGAAAGGAACUAUUCCCUGUUAUAAUUGCAGUCGUGAAUUUGUCACGGUUAAUCACGCUUGCGCAUUCGAAGGAUUAACAGCUGAUUUAGAAAUUCAACAACAACUAAAACCGACACAAUCAGAUAUUCAUAUCGAUAUGGACAAACUUAUUGCUUUUGUUGUUGAUGAGCUAGUUCACGAUGGUUUCAAAGCUUCGGUUGAACGUGUCACAUGUCGAUUCAGCGUUCGCUGUCAAAGUUGUACACUUAGUGGUUUAUAUACCGCUGGCGGAAUUCUUGCUCCGCGCGAAUGUCAAAACGUAGCUCAUGUCAUUAAAUUCAUCUGGUCAUAA